AAAAGAUCCAACAUCUGACAUGGCUAUAAUUUCUCGUAAAGGAUCUACUCUGGUCAGAGAAAUACGUGAGAAACAGAGUUCAAAUAAGUCUCGCCAACGUUUUUGGGAGCUUGCAGGCUCAAAACUUGGCGAUAUCUUAGGUGUUGAAAAGACAGCAGAACAGAUUGAUGCAGACACUGCUACAGUGGGUGAACAGGGUGAAAUAGAUUUUAAGGAAGAAGCUAAGUUUUCACAGCAUUUGAAAAAGGAAGAGGCUGUGAGUGAUUUUGCCAAGUCAAAGAGUAUUGCAGAGCAAAGGCAAUAUCUGCCCAUUUUUUCAGUGCGAGAUGACCUAUUACAGGUUGGUUUUUUCUUUAUUGUAUGUGUAUCUCAUAAUCAGCUAAAAGAAGAAGUGGGAGAUUAA